UAUCCCCUUCGGAACGGUAACUUCUCGUACAAUUACACUGCACAUACAAACCUAGUCAAGCGACAAGAGGCACUGUGUCUCUCUCAUCACUUUUUGCCAACAUGUUUCCUGGGAACCUUGUUUUACAGUCUGGCACGGUCUUCUGGCGGCGCACGGAGGACUUUGGAUAUAAUUCCUUUUAGGGGAAAGUUUGCCAGUCCUCGCUGCUAAUGAGCUGGUUACGCGAGCUUUAGCCCGGGAUUAGCCACCGGAGCUAACACACGAAUUCAAUGGAGGUGUAUUAUUAUGCAGACUCGCCUGACACUACAAAGUACCUUUAGCUGUUCGGAAGGAAGGUUUAAGGACUUGAAUUUGGAUCGAGUUAUCCUCGAGGAGCAACAUGGACAAGAAGCAUCAUUUGUUUUGGGGAUUGAGGGCAACCCGGUUAUUGGUAAAGAAUAAUUGCUUUUAUUGAUUCUGUCAUUUGAAAGCAAAUAGCGACUCUGAUGAUGCUAGGGACGUUUCCAUUGGAGGUGUGUUAAGCUGCAGCCUUCGUUUUCAUCAGCAAAGAAUGUCCGACCUGGAAAGUUCCAGUUCAUAUUUUGGUCUGGAUGAUCCGCAGUGGCUAUGUAUGGUCACGCUUUUUAUUGCAUCCCUGGUUACCCUGGUACUGUAUUUUGUACAGUAUUUCCAACUAAGGGCAACAGGGUUGGAGAAGACCGUAGCAGAGGAUAAUGCGGCGAAGGAGGAAGCCGCCUCUCUGCUGGGAUGGGCGCUGUCACUGAAUAGCUGGAAAAGUCAGUGGAGAGGAGCAUGGUGCAAGGCUUUGAAUGCCCAGUCAAGGGAGAAUCGUGGGAGUCCACUUAUUCUGACCUUCAAUGAAGAUGACGUCGACCCAUCUGAGCUCAUGGUCAGACAAGUGUCCAGCUUUAAGAAAUCUGGCCAAAUCAAGGCUGCUUGCUGCUGCGUGGUCGGUGAGAAGCUUCAGUUCUCUCUUGGUGUGUCCACAGCCACAUCAUUUUCAGCAGACCCUUGUAAAUAUGCAGUGUGUAUAUCCCCACUGGAGCUGCAGCUUGAGCUACAGUUGCAAGAAUCUGAACAUCAGGUCAGAGUGAGCUGGGGAAUUUCUCAACUGGAGACAGAUAUGGUGCAGGUGACACCUAAUUCGAUCCAGGACAAUGUCAGCACUUCCUGUGUGGCAACAGUGAAAGAGCAGUUGAGGCAUGUGCUGUGUUCGACCCAACCCUCUGUGUUAAUGAGCUGCAAGCCUUCUCAGGCCUCUGAGGUCAAGGAAACUUGCAACAAAGUGUUUUCACCCCCCAAGCCUCCUCGCGCACAUGAAUGGAAGCUGCUGGUGAAAAACAUUCGAGUAAUGCUCAGUAAGCAGGAAGAUGCUGCAGGCAGCAUAAGUCCUAUGUGUGUACUGCAGUUAGAUGACCCUCCGCAGAAGUAUAGUACAUCCGUUUUGAAGAACACAGCCAAUCCUGCCUGGGAUCAGCCGUUUAUAUUUGAACUGAAUGGCCGAUCAAAAGAGCUUAUUAUUCUAUUAAUGAAUGACGGACAACCUCAAGAGGAUAACUUUCUGGGCCAGGUGUCUGUGUCUUUUGACCUUGUUAGGAAGCAACCUAAAGGACAACAAACAUUUUCACUCAUGACCAAAGAUGUAGUGACAGGAUCAGUUACUACUGAUUUUACCUACCUGGAUCCCAGUGAGGUGAGGUCCUGGCAGCCUCCAACCCCAGCCUCCACCAAGAGAGUGGAGAUGGACCGUACUGUCAUGCCCUGUGGCACCGUGGUCACCACCAUCACUGCAGUCAAGAGCAAACCAGGCCGGCUGCUCACUCCAGGACUCAACAUUGAUUCUUCACAAAAAGCAAUCACCCACAAGCCCAAGCUUUCAGAGCGGCGUGUUUCGGAGCAGACGUCAAUGCUGGGAUCAACAGUUAGCAAGGCCCUGUCUUCUUCAGACACCGAGCUGCUGAUGCUAAAUGGCACUGACCCUGUGGCUGAGGCGGCCAUCAAACAACUCCAUCAGUCUGCCAAGCAGAAGCUGAGGUCCCCAGUGAAGAAGAGUACCAUCAUCAUCUCUGGGAUUGCCAAAACACCAUUGUCCCAGGACGAUGAGCUGGCUCUGAUGGCGGGCUAUGCUGCGGCAAUGGAUGCUUCAAUGUCAGACGAAAGCUCCUCUCAAGACAUGACUACGGCGAUUGUGUCGGGGAGCAGUAGCCCCCCAGAAGGUUCAGAACCUGAGGAAGGUCCCAGUGGAGUGGGCCGACCGCCCGAGAAUUGGGAGAGCCACACUGGAGAAGACUUAAAUCAUACCUCACUUUCCAUGUGUGUGUCGGAGGUCAGCUGCAAAAAGAGAAGAGAGGAAAGCAGUGCAAAGCACACGUAUCCAGAUGAGUAAGUUACCAGUUGUGGGUAGUAUCUGUAGUACUCAAGUUUUUAUUGUGUGUAGUUUGAGUAGGUUAGAUCAUAUCAUUCAUUUCAAAGCAUUUCCAUUUCAUAUUUUUCAACUUCAUGUUUAAUUACCUGCUCUCAUUGAACUGAAGCGAUCACUAAUAAAGCACACCACUUUUUUCUAUAGAUUUACCCCUCUCACACGUGUAGCGUAUAUUAGUUGAAUAAAAAUGUAAUUAAUUUAGAAGAAAAGAAUAAGCUGGAAGUGACACCUGCGUUACUUCCGGUUUAACAUAAUUUUAAAUGACAGCGUUAUAAAUCAAGCUAUUUUAUCUAGAAAGGGGCACCACGUCACUUUUUAGGUGUGUGAAACUUCAUGACAAAGUGACGACAAACCUUUUUUCCUCAGUCUCGUAAUUUGAAGGUUGCUACAUAAUUUAGAUAAGCGUUCUAGACGACCAGUUUUUUUUUUUUUUUCUUGAACCCAAACACACACAACUAUGCAGGUAGUGAAUUUUAUGGAAAAUGUAAUGAUCUAACAUGGGGAAUCUACAAGCAAUACAGAAAAAAAAAACACAAAACAAACAAAGGACAGACGAACAUUGGCACAGGAAACUGACUUGUGAUGUGAGGUUGGUCAUGAAUAUGGGAUGACAAUGUUUAUAGCUGGAAUUCCUGUUCUUUUUAGUUUAAAACCCAAAUAUGCACUAAUCUGUACUUUUAGUAGACCGCAAGUUUGACUUACGUGUGUUGACCUAUUCAGGCAGGCGGGUCGACCUUCCGCGGGUUGGCAAGAGCGCUCACGAGGGAUGGUUUGAAGGAAAAGGAAGGAAAGAGAAAAAGACGCACUUCAAGUGCAGGUUGGCCGGCGCGCUGGCAGUGGCAAUGCUUGCCACGUGGUCAGGGAAAAACUCGCACCGCAAUUACUUCCCAACGGAGCCUCGUCCGUAAAGUGCCCCACAGUUGGCAGGUGCUCCCUGCGCUUGGCAGCGCGGCAGGCAAGUCUCCCAGCCUCCACCACCUCGUGGUGAUUUAAGAUAACGAGACCAUUUUCCAACUUUGCCUUGUCACACGCCCAUCCUCUUUAAACCCGGUAACGAAUGUUUCAAGUGUAUGUGGUUGUUGAGAACACUCAUAUUUGCAAUGUGGCAUUUGUGUUGUGUGGGGUGAAACAUUUCAUCCCGUUCAUUUGACAAACAGAUUUGACAUCAGACAUUCAAAUUUGCAGAAAUACAAUCACUAGUGGCGUUCAUGUAAAGUUCUUAGAAUAUAAUAUCACAUUCAAGUCCAGUGAAGAUUGUAAUGAGUUAAUCCGAGUUUGCAGUGGCUUUCCGCUACGUUUGGGUGUCGCUAGUGCUCUGUCCAAACUCCCAGCCCGGAUGGGCAGAGGUCUCUACAGGCAGCGGGAAAGAGAAGUCUUUGUUGUUCAGGCUCUCCAGGCUGGAAGUUAAUUAACUUAACGUCCGGGUGCGAAAUCACAUAUCUGUGCCUCGGCUUUGAUGCUACUGGCUUGUAAUUAAUUUUGCGUCUGUGUGCGAAGUGAAAUCUGGCAUCCCCGUGGUCGUCUGCCUCGGCGGAGGAUGUGGCGACUGCGAUGCGGUUUGGUCUGGAGUGUGGGGGCCAGGGUGCCAUCGCGCGAGAGCAUGUCCGUUACACACGCUUUAAACACAUUUAAACUUUUAAAACACCUUUCCAAGCAUUCCUGAGCACCUGUUGUCACUCUCUCGCUCGUACAUCUAUUUGUGAUUCCAAUUGAAGUUUACUGUAAAACUGACACAUACAAUGAGACUUAAACAUUGUAUAUUUAAAAACCAAAAUGUUCAAACCAUAACAUUUCCUUUAUUGAAAGUCCCCUAGCUUAAUGCUAACAUAUCAUGCAAAAGGUCAUAGAAGGGCUAACAAUAUUAGCAUAGAUUUUAGGGCUGUUUUUCUUUGGCUGAAACUGGGGCCUUAAUCAAGGUGGAGGGAAUUAUAAACAGUUCUAAAUACCAGUCAGUGUUAAGAAAAAAAUGUCAGGAAAAGCAUUCUAGAAGAACUUAACUUUAUUUGGGGUUAAUCAGAGGCACUUUAAGGUGGCUUUUAUGUGUGCUGACCCCCAUUUAACAUUAGUUUGAUCGGGUUUGGUUGGGUUUCUGAACACAGCCACAUCCCCAGUUCUAAGAGGGUGUGCACAUAUGUGCAACCCCAUAAUCUCAGUUCUUAUUUUUUUACUUCCUCUCCUGAAACCUUUUUUUUUUUCAAUUUGUUUUUCAAAAUGUUUUAAAAUUAUUUGUCUUGGUCUUGUUCUUUUACACACACAAUAUGCAAACAGGAUUGUGUUAACUUUUUACAUCCACUGUAUCUAUCUGUCCAGUCUAUUGUUAGAUGACUAUUAAACAUAAUACCCAAGUUGAACAAAAACCAAACACUUGAGUACACACAUUAUUUUAUAUUAGAUUACUUAUAAACAACAAUAAUUUCUGUACAAACAUGCUUUCAUGUACCGCAUGCCAUUAGGUUGUAUUAAUGCAAAACAAAAAAACGCAUGAUGUCAUCUUGCGAUUAGCAUUUGUCCCGAGAUUAAGCAUCCCCCUGUCCGCGCUUCUGCA